CCAUUCCGCACAGAAAGGCCAGACUGCUUCACCAGAACGGCCUCCUGCUCAACCCCCCGCUUUCCAGGCUCAUUGCCGUGUCUCGCCCGCAUUAUUCCUCCUCUCCGGUCCAUUCACCCCCAUUGAAUCAUCACCAUGUCACGACACGCCCAAGUCGAGGAGGUUUACGACUCCGACCCCGAGGAGGUUGCUCCCUCCGACUCCUCGCCCGCCAACUUCCCCAAUGAAUCCAUCCUCUCUGGUGCCGGAAUCCCCAUGACCGGCUCAUUACCCAUGAGACCCGCCCCUGAACCUCAGCGCGAAAUCCCCAAACACUACCAGUGCCUGUAUCCGAUAUAUUUCGACAAGACGCGGUCCCGCGCCGAGGGCCGCAAGGUCGGAAGUGAGCUGGCGGUCGAGAACCCGCUGGCAAGGGACAUUGUCGAUGCGGUGCAGAUGCUGGGCUUGAAUGUUGGGUUCGAGCCGGAGAAGCUGCACCCGAAGGAUUGGGCGAAUCCGGGACGUGUGCGGGUGUUGUUGAAGAAUGAGGAGGGGAAGCUGGUUAACUCGAGGAUUAAGAAUAAGCACCAUCUCUACGUCCUCGUGGCCCAGUACCUCAAAGCCCACCCCACCACCGAAGAAUCCCCCUACCGUCUAAGAAUCAGAGGACUCCCCAUGCCCGAGAAAUUGCCCGCCGCACCUUCGGCUCCUCGUGGAUGGAAGAUUGGGACUAUUCUCCCGAUACACUCUCCGGCUUACAGUGGUGGCGGAGUCAGCGAUAACCCGCUCAAGGACGCCAUGGCCGAGAUGCAGGGCAUGCAGGGCAUGCCUGGCAUGCCCCAGAUACCUGGAAUGCCGGACCUGGCUGGCUUGAUGGGAGGAGAACCCCGCCACUGCGACCGACGGACCAUGAACACAAGCGCCUCGAGCGUUCUGUCCGGCUACGGGCAGACGAAUGAAGACAUCAAACCGAAGUUUCUUCUUAACUACGACUCCUCGCCUGCAUCAGCUCCGUCCUCCACUGCCUCCAGGACCGGGAAACCUGGGAGUCGUCAGAUCACCCGCAAUCGCGCCAGCUACAGCUGCCAUACCUGUCGGAGACGGAAGGUCAAAUGCGACAAGGUACAUCCGAUUUGCGGCAACUGCGUGAAAAACGGAACCGAAUGUGUCUACGAUACCGCGCCACAGAAGAACGUCGAGUCGCGCACCGGCCAGCCUAAGGAUGGACAUGGUGUGAAACGGAGGAGGGAAUCCUCGCGACCAAUCGAGGAUGAUAUCAAUGAUAUACAGUCAAUUUAUGGUCAUUUGAGGCAGGAUGGGGCUUCCGAGCAGCGGUCGCAAGCGAUCGAAGCGCGUUUGGAUAAACUCACGUCGAUGAUCGAGAGGCUCAGCAAAUCCAACCAGCCAUUGGAUCCAGCAGAACGGCAAUUGCUCGCGCAGAAUAUGAAUCAUGAGCAGGCAAAGGGGGAUCCUCGCUUGGGUAACGCUCCGACCUUGAAGCCGCCCAGUGAGUCUCGUUCGGAUAGUCCGCGUCGCGCGGCGGAGUCGAGUGGCGAUGAAUUCCCCAUUCCUGCUGGCCACGCGACGGACUUGGUGGACCCCGUGGGGAGUCUGAAUCUUGGUCACUUGAGUUUGGAGGAUGGAGGAAGGUCGAGAUAUGUUGGGACGACUUAUUGGGCUUAUAUCUCAGAUGAGAUCAAUGAGCUCAAUCAAUUGCUGCAGGAUCAAAAUCGUUCUCACAAUGAACGACCAUUCAAUCAGAGCCCCGCCGACGAUGCGGCGGCAGAACCCAUGGCUGCUACGCCGAGCCGUCAGUGGAAGGCAUCGAGUGAUGGUGUCCAUGAAUCGGCCGAAGCGAAGCUUACCAGAGGACAAACGUUCCAGAAGUCUGUACUGUUUCCCUCGAGCGAAUCACCUUCGGUCAAUGACAAAGUGGUUGAGCCAGAGAUGCUGGAGAAUAUGCCCACGAAACGUCAAAGCCAUAUACUAUACAAAGGAUUCAUGUCUGGAAUACAUGCCAUUACCCCCGUUAUCCACCCACCGACUGUCCUCAAGGUGUACAAUUCCUUCUGGGAUUGGUAUGAUUCCAGCAGCUACUCGGGAGAGCCCUGUCCUGACCCGUCAUUCAUUCCGUUGCUAUAUGCCAUCUGGUAUGGCGGGUCCGUCACAAUAUCCAUCCGGACAAUCAAGGCCGAGUUCAACGUACCCUCCCGCUCGGGGUUGUCGAAAGCAUACAGCGAGGAAGUAACCCGGUGGCUGUCCAAGAUCUCUUUCCCUCGGAGUCCGUCUCUGCAAGGACUGGCUGCGUAUCUUCUCGUCCAGACGAUUCUCUCCAAGGAAGAAGAGCCUCUAACAAGCAGUCUCUUCGUCAGCCUGGCCAUGAGAGUUGCACAGACCAUGGGCCUGCAUCGAGAUCCUGCUAAUUUCAGCAUUGGACCCUGCGACGCAGAGACUCGUCGCCGGAUAUGGUGGCAUAUUGUGCACAUGGAUGGCGUUGUGGCGAUGUCUAGCGGUCUGCCCCCGUUGGUCAGUGACGAUAACUACUGGGAUGUUCGUGAGACUAGUGAAGUGAAAGACACGCUGCUUGGUAGUCCUGCUGCUGAAAAGUAUGAGAGGCUUGUAAUGACGGGCAUGAGGCCACCGGAUAAUCCCGAUGACCCGACCAUAUGUGGAGGACCUUCUACGGUGAACGUAUACUACCUCUCAGCCCGGGGCAAGUAUACGAUGGCUCGUGCUGUCCGCCGGAUCAUGAAGAUCCAACUUGGUACAAAGCCGGUCACGCGGAGGGAUAUGGAAGAGCUGAGGUCAAUCCUAGUCGAUUUGCAAUAUAAGCUAAAUUCGAUUAUCAACCGAAUCCCGGAGGCAAAGUCCGUCGAUACAUCUUCUGUGUCAUCUACGAGAUCGUGGUCUCUGUCCUCACCGGCAGAGGUUCACACAGAACUCCCGGCAGAUGGGCCCAACGGCUGUUUAGAGCAGUACCAUUCGCCUGUCCUUGUAUCCUUCCACAAAUGGGCACGAAUUCUCAUGUCUCUCUUCAUCGAUAAAGCUUUCUGCGUCGCCUAUCAACCUUUUCUAAAGAACGCCAAAAGUCGGAUCUGGCCAGCUGCAAGACAGAGCGCACUUCGUCACUGUCAUGGUUUCAUGGAAAAAUUCGUCUCACUUGCGACCGACCCCGACUUCCAGCCAUUCCAUUGGAGUUGGCCCGGGAAUCAUCAACCGAUGCAUGCGACCAUGAUCAUGCUCAUCGACCUCUAUGAACGGCCCUAUAGCCCCGAGGCUCCAAAGUCACGAGCGUAUAUUGACAAAAUCUUCUCAAUGACCGGCCCUGAUGGCGGCGUUGUUGGUGGCGAAGAUGGCAUCUCAACCCAACGACCGCUGAAAGACGGCGGCCGUGAAGCAUGGGACAUGAUCCGCCGACUGCGUCAGAAAGCAUGGCAGAAAGCCGGCCUUGAUCCUCACAAGCUGUGGUCCGAACAGGCGCAGAUCCAAGCCGGCGUCACCUCCAUCCCCGAAGACCAUGCCAACGACCCCUGCUACUCCAGCGGCACCCCAACCGCCGCUUCACCCUCGAUAUACCCUGCCCUCCCCUCCCGACGACAACUAACCGACUUCUCCAAGACAUUCUACAACAUGACCCGCUCUCAUCUACUCCCCAACCCAACCACCAACCUCCGUCACAGCCCUCUCCGCUACCAACUCCCCCCUCCAGCCCCUCCCUCCAUCCUCCCCACCCCUCAAAUGAUCCCUCCUUCCCAAUUCUCCCAAUCCCCAACACCCCCCAAACACCCCAUGGACACCUCUCCCCUCGCCACCACCCCCAUCUCCUCUCCCGAAAGCAUACCCCCUCUCAACCCUACCAUCUUCACCAAUACCUUCCCCCAAGCCCAGCCUCCCCCAGCCACUAAUACACUCCCAGCGCCUCUGCCCUCCUUCAUGGACACCACAUCCGCCGCCGCGCUCUCCCCAACCAGUCAACCCAUCACGGGGGUCCCCACCCCGCCGUCAAUGGUGGACCCGAACUUAAACUUCGACUGGGACCAGUGGGACGCCGUUUUCGGCCAACACCUGCCCGUGGCCGACGAGCUUAUGGAACUUGACCCCGUCACGGGAUUCGAGUUCGGGGACCUGGGCAGUGCCGCCAGAGUGGUGCCUGGGGCGAGAACGGGGAAUACUAGUUUGGCGGGGAGUGAGGCUGGGAUGAGUGAGGUGCAUGGGUCUGAUUGGGUGGGAUAUUGUUGAUUUUGAUACUUGUUUGACUGAGCUAGCUGGUGUUGGGAUAUAUCCUUCUUUUGGUUUAUGUAUAUAUUAAUUUUUAUUCAUUUUGUGGGUCUUGUUUUUGGGAGGGUUUUGAAUGAGGGUGUGCAUAUCCUUCUUUGUAUAGAGUGAUAUUCUCAAAUCUAGGUUUGAAAUUUACGGAUU